CAAAUUGAGUGUGUUGUUGAUGAAUUGAACGCAAUUGUGAGGCGGCGGCAUGUGCUCAGUGAGGGAGCAGCAUCCGAUGGAGAUGAACGAGUGUUGGCUGUGCUGUCGAUGAUGAUCGGCUUAUUUGAGGCUUUUCGAGUCAUUUUCCCAUUUUUCUCACCCGAAAUUCACCGAAAAUGUCUCUCGUGCCUUUCAGUUGGGAUUGCAUCGUUUAUUGAUCGUUUGGAAGAUUGUAUAAGCACUGACUCGGCUUUUGCAAAUCUGGUCAUGUCUUCAUCGCAUCCAAAUUUGAGGUGUUUGUUACGGUUGUACGAUGAGGUGUGUGCAGAGGCAAGUCAGCUUUUUCAUUUGUUGAUUUCUUCGGCGGAUAAUGCGAAAGAAACAUCAGUUAUGAAGCUUCAAGAAGUAUUAGUCUAUGAAAGGUGA